AUGGCUGUGAAUGAAGAAGGAGAUAGUGUUAGAAUUUGUAUCGACUGCUUGGAGUCUUCAAUAAAAGAUAUGAUGCCCCAUGAUUCGCUUGUGCCGCUUAAGUGUUGCAUCUUCAAAACCCCUUCCAUUCUCUACAGGCAUAAUGAAAAAGCUUUUAUCCCCAAUGCAUUUUCUAUCGGGCCUCUCCAUCAUGGCAACCCAAAAUUGAAAGCCACAGAAAAAGUUAAAGCCAAAUAUUUGCAAUGCCUUAUCUCUCGAUCACCCUCUCCGAAUACAAUGCUAAGAACUCUCAUCACUUCCAUUAUGAAGAUGGAGAAAGAGGCUCGUGAGUGCUAUGCUGAAGCAAUUGAUUACGACCCACAACAACUUGUGAAAAUUUUGGUAGUUGAUGGUUGCUUUCUUAUUGAGUUGUUCCGCAAGAACGUUUAUAAGAAACUUAGGGAAGAAGAUGACCCUAUUUUCACCAAGUCAUGUAUGAUACAAUUUCUAUACCAUGACUUGAUAUUGCUAGAAAACCAAGUACCUUGGACGGUACUUGAGAUUUUGUUCGACUUGACAAAGCAUUCUAACCGCAACGAGAGGCCCCUAAGUCUACUUGUCGUGUACUUCUUUGAAUCCAUCUUUUUAUCAUAUAGAAUGCUGCGGCACCAGCUAAAUCAGACCAACAUGAACAUCCAAGGCAUCAAGCAUAUUGUUGACCUGGACAGGAAAUUGUCAACUUUGUCAAUUGAAGACGAAGAAAAGGGAAUAGAGGGAUGGGAACUCCUGCCUUCUGCUACAAGCCUUGUGGAGGCUGGAAUCAAAUUCAAAAGGGGUACGUCUUCUCAAAACAUUUUGGACAUCAAAUUUAUUGAUGGCGUUCUGGAAAUUCCUCCAUUAGUAAUACACGAGGUAACAGAAACUGCCUUUAGAAAUCUCAUCAGCUAUGAACAAUGUUACCCUAAAUGUAAAGCUAGGAUCACUUCCUAUGCGAUACUCCUAGACAGCCUCAUUAAUACUGCCAAGGACAUGGAUAUUCUGUGCGAGAAUAAGAUAAUUGAAAAUUGGUUGAAUCCUGAGGAUGCGGCCCAUCUCUUCAACAAGCUUUACAUUGAUACUUAUCCGGAUUGCUAUUACUACACAAACCUUUGCAAGCAAGUGAAUAGUUUUUGCCAACGCAGGUGGCCUAGAUGGCGUGCAGUGCUUGUGGGCAAGUAUUUCAACACUCCAUGGGCUGGUUUUUCCACAUUGGCCGCUGUUAUCCUUUUGAUCCUCACCUUGGUACAAACUGUGUACGCCAUGAAAAAAUAG